UAUAAUUCAAGGAGAGGUUUCUGUGCAAGAUUUAUUAAUCGACUUUUUACUCAUUUAGUAGGAGGGCCUGACCAGAGACGAAGAAAAACAGUAAAAAAUGAUGUUAAUAUUGAAGAUCGUCGUGUUUUUACUGACAGUUGUUGACUCUAUAACCAACCUUCAAGAUUCUGUCUGCGAAACAUGUCAUUGCCUAAAUCACCAAGGUCAGUUCAUCAUAGAUUGCAGCAACAAAAAUCUGACGGAAAUACCACCCGAUAUUCCAUAUAACACGUCCACCCUCACCCUCAAAGACAACCACAUAGACGAAAUUAAGGAUUUCAUCUUCAGUAACACUAAACUUGUCAAUCUGGACAUUUCCAAAAAUGCACUUAACAAUCUCAGCCAAAAUUCUUUUUAUGGGUUGGAAUCCUUGGUAACCCUGAACCUCCAACACAACCAGCUAGACCUGGAUAACAAGAGUUACCCUGAUGACGUAUUCAAGCCAUUGGUUAAACUAAAAAGACUGGAUUUAUCUUCAAAUUUGGGCAAAUAUACCAGAAACCCGACCUACCCUAAUCUUCGUCACUUAAUAUCUCUCCAGAAGUUGAAAAUUGAUGGUAUACCAAAUCUGUACCUGAGAGAGUUCUCCGACCUUCAAAACCUAACUCAUCUCAACUUUUCUGGCAAUUGUCAAACAGCUAAUAUAUUCAUCGAUAGUUUUCAUCAUGUAUUCCACAUAGAAGAGCUUGUAUUGAGUCAUUGUCACCUUCGUUAUAUUGAUAAUUUUACGUUUUCUGUGUUCCCCCAGUUGCGUUUCUUGGAUUUGUCAUUUAACUCCAACCUUGGCUUAGAUAGAGCCUCAAUGGCACUGUUUUCAUUAAAUUCGCCGGAUAUGCGCGUUUUGAAUCUGAGUGCUAUUGUUGACACUUUUGCAGUUGGUGUUGUCAUUACAGCUCUACAUAUUUAUAGAAUAAAACAUCUCAAUAUAACUGAACUUUAUUUAGACCACAACAGAUUCGAGUUAAUAGAAACAGAGGCGAUUCCGCAAAUUCCUAAAUACAUUCAAUUAUUUAGCAUGCGAGAUAAUAGACCCACGUAUGGGGCUUAUAUAAUUGGAUUGGAGAAAAUGAUGAAUCUGAUCUGUUUAGACGCAAGUUAUCAAUACACGUCGCAUAAUCCAGUUGGGCAUCCCCUUUCUUCUCGGUAUGUUUCAUCCUAUUCUAAAUCCAGGUACAACUUUCGUAAGUUGUGUUCUUCAGAUUUAACCUGGUCACGACACCAAAGCCCCAAUUUUACCGAAAAAGAACAAAGUCGCCUAAGCAAAUUAAACACCCCCGUAGAUAAAGGUGACCUGCAUGGACGUAAUAAUUUUCCUGCAUUACGCAAACUUUCAUUUGAUGACAUUUUGAAUCCAAAGUUGAAUGUACCAAUUCCUAUUCCUCCCAAUCUAAAGUAUGCUAAUUGUAGCUAUUGUGUUCUUAGUUAUCCAAUCCCUAAAAUGCGGUUUGAAAAUAACAGCGUAAAAGUGAUCGACGUAUCCAUCAACAUCUUAAAUAAAUGGAUAGGACCAGUAACUGGAUUGGACGACUUAGAAUGGCUAAGCCUGUCAAACAACUUCUGUGACUACAUUGGUGAUACAUUUUUUGAUUAUCUUCCCAACCUUCGAGAGCUAUAUAUUGCUUCUAAUUUUCUAGCCGUUGUUUUGGAAGCUGAUGUAAACGGAAAUAUAUUUAGUAAUUUAAAAAAUCUAGAAUUAUUCGAUAUUUCCGACAACAAAAUUAGAAUACUACCACAAAAACUACUCCGUGGACAAGUGAACCUCAAGAGUCUAGAUUUAUCGAAAAAUAUCCUUAAAUUGUGGACUUUGGACAUUGACCACAUGGACGAACUUCAAUACAUUGACCUCUCCUCAAAUCAAUUGACAAGUCUACCCGUCAAAUUUAGAAAUUUUGGUGAACAACAGUACAAUAAGAAUAAACAAUUAAUGGUUGACCUAUCAGAUCAGACAUUACAGUGUACCUGUGAGAAUUUACCGUUUUUAAUAUGGAUGAAAUCCAACAAGACUGUCUUUUUGAGACGUAACGAAUACACAUGUGAAGAUAAUAAGGGAAAAGAACUGAGUUUGUCCAACUUAGAUGGGAUUAUCAUCCAGCUGGAGAAGCAGUGUGCUUCGUUAACAGCUAUGAUUAUAGUUUUAACUGGUAGUUUAUUUGUUAUUGUCAGUGUUCUAAUUGGAAGUUUGGUCUAUCGUUAUCGAUGGAAGUUAAGGUAUCUGUAUUAUCUAACCAGAAAUAGAUAUCGUGGAGCGUUUCCCCUGGUGAAUGAUGCGGAAACCGAGUUUGAAUUUGACGCCUUCGUUUCUUACGCCGACGAAGAUCGUCAUUUGGUCACCCAGGGAAUGAGGGAGAAACUAGAACAGGAACAAGAUCUGAGACUAUGCAUACACCACAGAGAUUUUGUGCCUGGAGAGGAAAUCGCGGCCAAUAUUUUGAGCGCAGUAAGAAAUAGUAAGAAGACCUUGAUUCUCUUAACAAGAAAUUUUCUGAAUAGUUAUUGGUGCAUUUAUGAGUUGAAUAUGGCUAAGGUUGAAAGCAUUAGUACAGGACGAAAUGUCCUGAUUGUUAUUGUCUGUGAAAGUAUUCCGGUCUGUGAUUUACCCGAGGCCCUUGUUCAGCUGAUGAACGACGACAGCUACAUAGAUUAUACAGACGACCCAGAAGGUAACGUUGUAUUUUGGGCCAAUCUAACAAGGGCAAUAAAUACCGAUUGAAAAGAAUGCAUUAGAGGAUUGGAAUAAAGACGAAACCCCCAUUAUAUAUUAGAUUACUAGAAAUGAUAUAUUUAUUUAUACUGUUAUAGCGUAUCUUUGUGGAUAUUUUAAUUAUUAUCUAAUUUUAAUUAAAGUUAAUGUAGCAAUUGACCUAUAUCCGUAUUAAUAUCUCAUCGUUAACUGUUUGAGUUUAUGUAACGAUGUAUUUGAGUUAAUUAUAGAUACCACGCGUAUUUAAACAUUGGUUUUCUUUGUACAAUUUAACAUUUCUUAUCAAAUAUUAUUAUAUAAUUGCUUUAAUCCUAAGCUUAUAUAUAUGUUCUAUAUUCUACUGAAACUUUUGUCUGGGCUUCGACUCGCCCUAUAGCGAUACAUAUCUCGUUAUUGUGACCAUUAGCCAGUUUUGGAUACUUGUUUAGUAAAAAAGUACAGCUUUCGUCGUUAGUGUUGGAAAUAGCUACAACCCCCAGAAAACAGUACUACAGUAAUGCCAUCAAAUUGUAAAUAAUAUUUCUUAGCUACGUUAAACCUUUCUUUUCUGUUAUAAAUGCGUUUGUCGAUUUUUAUUGAAUAGUAUUUUUUUUUUAGUUUUAUUCCAAUGAAUAUAAGUCCAUUUCAUUGAACUUCUGUAUGGAAAGUAUCUAAAUAUGUAUAAUUUUAUCGUUAACAUAAUAAAUCAUUGAUAUUUUACAUA